AGCCCCGCCAUUCCAGUUCGAUAAUCACUUGGACGCUAGAGGCAUCCACGUUUGUGAAAGGAUUUCGAAAACCACCAGGAAUCAAACUUGGGAACAUUGGAAGAAAUCUCGUCAAGAUGGAUGUGGAUAUGGACGCUCCGAUCUCGAUCGCACCGUCGUCAGAGGCGCCUCGAACGGGUGCUACCAUCUUCUGCUGCAACUGCGGCGCACCUAUCGAUGGAACGACCUCAACAAAUGCCUUGUGCUAUGACUGCAUCAAGCUCACAAUCGAUAUAUCGCAAGGAAUCCAGCGCGAAUCCACCGUUCACUUCUGCCGAGACUGCGACAGAUGGCUAGACCCGCCUCAACGCUGGAUAUCGGCGCCGCUCGAGUCGCGAGAGUUGUUGGGGUUGUGUCUGAAGAAGGUGCGGGGUUUACAGUCCAAAGUUCGAGUGGUGGAUGCCAGAUUUUUAUGGACCGAACCGCAUUCGCGAAGAAUCAAACUCCAAAUUACCGUCCAGGAUUCAGUGGAAGACGGAGUGAUUCUGCAGCAGAGCUUCGAGGUGGUGUUUGUCGUUGCCUGGCAGCAGUGCCCCGAGUGUGCCAAGUCUUACACGGCCAACGUGUGGAGAGCUUGUGUGCAAGUUCGCCAAAAGGUGUUGCACAAGCGCACCUUCCUAUUCCUCGAGCAACUUAUCCUGAAGCAUGGGGCGCACAAAGAUACCAUAAAUAUCAAGGAGGCGAAGGACGGCAUAGACUUCUACUUUGCAGCACGGAAUCAGGCCGAGAAAUUUGUCGACUUUCUCAAGUCGGUGGUGCCUGUGACUUCCAAGAACUCCCAGGAGCUUAUUUCCCAGGAUUCCCACACGGCCAAGAAGUCAUACAAGUUUUCUUUCUCUGUCGAGUUGAUACCCAUCUGCAAAGACGAUCUAGUGGCGCUGCCUAUCAAGUUGGCGAAGCAAAUCGGCAAUAUCUCACCACUAGUUUUAUGUCACAAAAUCGGUACAUCCGUAAGCUUCUUGGAUCCGAACACCCUCCAGACCGCGGAAGUUAGUUCACCAAUCUACUGGCGAGCACCUUUCCUGUCCUUAGCGGAUGCACAGGAUUUAGUCGAGUUUAUGGUUAUGGAUAUUCAACCCAUGGGUCCAACCAAGAACAAGUGGGUGUUGGCAGAAGUCGAAGUCGCACGAGAAAACGACCUCAGCAAGACCUACUUUGCGCGCACGCAUCUAGGCGGCUUGCUCCACCCGGGCGAUUCUGUUAUGGGUUACAUGCUGACAGGCACUAACUUCAACAACCAACAACUUGAGGCCAUUGAGGAAUCCCACGCCUACUCAUCCACAAUACCCGACGUCGUGCUCGUCAAGAAACACUACCCGAACCGUCGCCGCAAUCGCAAGCGCAACUGGAAGCUGAAGCGCAUGAAUAAGGAUGAGGGCGACUUGCUGCCCAAGAAGGCUGACCAGGAGCGAAUGGAUGCCGAGUAUGAGCGAUUCUUGCAAGACAUUGAGGAGGACGAGGAGUUUAGGAGCGGAGUUGCGCUCUACAAGCAGCCGAAGAAGGCGGAUGAGAUGAGUGUGGCUGAUUCUGAAAUGGACGAUGAGGAUACUUUGCCUGGUGUUGAUAUGAAUGAGUUACUCGAUGACUUUGACGAGCUUACUAUGGAGGAGCAUUAGAGCUUGGAAGGUGGAUUUGGAGUUUCGUGCCAGAUGACUGAUCGCCAUGGUAUGCUCACCCAAGCUCAGUGGUUAUUCGUUCUUUCCAUGCGAAAUCAAGUACGGGUGAUAUGGGCGUCGUCGGGAUGGAUUAGAUUCAUGAUUCAUAGUUGUUGCAUUCGAUGAAAGUCUGGCGUCAAGGCAGGGAAAAUUUAUGAGUGCCUGGGUGGCUUAGACACGGGAAUGAAAACACGAUAUUCGAUAGCAGCUCCAUUGGCCUGUCGUUCGCAUUGAGUUGCAAGUACUCAUCGUGCAGGGAGCAACAGUCCCCCAUGUGUACCUCGGGUACUUCGAAGAUUGAAGAGCGAUAGUUCCAUCUCAUGCAGACCGC